CACGAUUGAAGCGAUCAUUAAGGGUCUGUUCCUCGGCCAACCUACCUCGUACAUUAACGUCUCCGGAUCCUGGUCGUCUGAAAACUGCCUGUUCACCUACGCACGGCAAAGGAAGGAGUUGCCUGGAGGGGACCUUCCAUUGGUCCCCUUGCGUCGAAAUUGAAACACUGUUGCCUGCUGGUGCCAUCCUAGCCGCCCGGACUUGCGACAAUGCCUCUCCAAUGGUUGGAUCUCAAUGAUCGAUAAUGGGCCACCACAACAAGAGUCGGUCCCCUUGCUGGUGGAAGAGAUCACCGGAACGCUUUACAGUAGGCCAGCUGAGCGAUCAAUACGACACUGUACUGUACCCUCGAGAUUUAGCUUCUACCGAAGGAAGCCUUGGAUCUAGACAUCAAAUUUAGUAAAACAUCUAUCACAGCAGUUUCCGCAAGAAAUAUUUCCCGAUUUAUUCUAUCUCUCCUCCCACCUCUACGGAACCAUUGUGCCUGAAGAUGUCGACAGAUGAGCAGCCUCAGGACCAAAGCGACGACAAUAUCAACAUCUUAGAUGACCAACAGAAUACACCCUUCCCCCCUACGACAGGUAACCCGAUUACUCUCCAGGUGGGCGAGCAACGCUUCACCACCUUCCGCUCCACCUUAACAGCUAAAAGUCCUUUUUUCGCCAGUCUGCUCUCGCCUCAAUGGCAACGCGUCCAAGCUGACGGAUCAUAUUUUGUCGAUGCCGACGGGGCUCUGUUCCCUUAUAUUCUCCGCUAUCUUCGCUCUGGUGCCCUCCCGAUCUUCUAUAGUAGCUUCGGAGGGCACGAUUACGGCAUGUAUCAAGCAUUGCUAGGAGAGGCCCAGCAAUUCCAGAUCGAGCGCCUGAUGGACUGGCUUAGAAACAAAGAAUACGAAAAGGCGGUGAAAAUUGAAUAUUCAGCUCAAGAGUAUGAGGGAUCCAAGCAACUAGCCAAAUCGUGCUAUUCAGAUUUGCGGGUGGAGUAUAAUCCAACUUGGAUAACCAGAAAGGUCUAUAUCUGCCCGAGAGGCAUUUAUAGUCACAGAGGCAACCCUUCAGCCUGCGGAAAAUCGUGCAUGAAAGCCCAAGGGGAUGCGCAAAAGGAGUUCGAGGAUGAGGAUGAACUGAGAACACUGGUAAUCUCGAAGAGGACAGUAUUGGACUGUGAGCUAUGCCUUCCAGAAUGAUUUGGUGGACCUGGUGUUUACGGCCUUUGUCAGGUCAAGUUGGUUGAACGCUGAGGUGGAUUUGAUUUUCUAUCCUUCUUGCAUGGUGGAAACAACUCAAUGUCGAAGCAAAGUAGUACGCGGACUGGAAGCUGUG